ACUUGGAGUGACAUGAAGAUCUGGGGGAGGGUUUGGAGACCAAGGGUGACAUGCUCUCAAAGCAAAUGCUCUGGCUGCUUCGUGUGGUCAGAAGGCAGAGGGAGCCCAGUGAGGAGGCUGUGGCUGUUGUCCAACUGUGUGCUGAUGGGGGCUCAGACCAGAGUGGCAGAAGUGGCUUUGGCAAGGCUGGGGCUAGGGAAGGAGGCUGUUUUAGACCAAAUGGCCUGGACGGCCUGUCUGCACAGAGGACAUUAGAACAGAGACCCGAAGGCAUGCAGAGAGCCAUGUCAACAUGUGGGUGAAGAGACUUCCAGACGGAGGACACUGGUGGUGCAAAGGCCCGGGGGCUGGCCCAGCUAGGCCGCCAGGGGGCUGGAGCAGGCGGGAACCGACAUGCUGCUGCUCAAGAAACAGACGGAGGACAUCAGCAGCGUCUAUGAGAUCCGGGAGAAGCUCGGCUCGUGAGUGUGUGGUCAGCCACCCCAACAUCGUGGCUCUGGAGGACGUCCAUGAGAGCCCUUCCCACCUCUACCUGGCCAUGGAGCUGGUGACGGGGGGUGAGCUCUUUGAUCGCAUCAUGGAACGUGGCUCCUACACAGAGAAGGAUGCCAGCCACCUGGUGGGCCAAGUCCUUGGUGCUGUCUCCUACCUGCACAGCCUGGGCAUCGUGCACCGCGACCUCAAGCCUGAAAAUCUCCUCUAUGCCACGCCCUUCGAGGACUCCAAGAUCAUGGUCUCCGACUUUGGCCUCUCUAAAAUCCAGGCUGGCAACAUGCUAGGCACCGCCUGUGGGACCCCGGGAUAUGUGGCCCCGGAGCUCUUGGAGCAGAAACCCUACGGGAAGGCCGUAGAUGUGUGGGCCCUGGGUGUCAUCUCCUACAUCCUGCUGUGUGGGUACCCCCCCUUCUACGACGAGAGCGACCCUGAACUCUUCAGCCAGAUCCUGAGGGCCAGCUACGAGUUUGACUCUCCCUUUUGGGAUGACAUCUCAGAAUCAGCCAAAGACUUCAUCCGGCACCUUCUGGAGCGAGACCCCCAGAAGAGGUUCACAUGCCAACAGGCCUUACAGCAUCUUUGGAUCUCUGGAGACGCAGCCUUUGACAAGGACAUCCUGGGCUCAGUCAGCGAGCAGAUCCAGAAAAAUUUUGCCCGGACCCACUGGAAGCGAGCAUUCAAUGCCACCUCUUUCCUGCACCACAUCCGGAAGCUGGGACAGAGCCCAGAGGGUGAGGAGGCCUCAGAGCAGAGGAUGACCCGCCACAGCCACCCAGGCCUCAGAACUGACCAGCCCCCCAAGUGGUGAUGCCUAGGCAGAUGCCGAGGCCGAGUGCAUUGACCCCGAGAUUCCCUUCCUGUGGACCUUUUCAGUCCCCCGCCCCCAUACCCAGGGGCUGCCUUCUGCUGGAGAGUUGGAGAUGCAUGGGUGUGGCACAUGGCGCUGGGGCAGGAGCGGGCCACCCCCGUCUGCCCUCCAAGCUCUCCUGUUGCCCAGGUGUCUGCAGGGGCUCCCCUCUCCUGUUGCCGCCACAUUCCCUCUAGAAGCCAGAGAAGCUCCAGGGGCUCUCCUUCCUGCACGCUGUUCUGUGCUUUGCUGGCUGUGGGUGGUCCUGCCCGCUUGUGUCUUGGUCCUCCAGCUGCCCUCCAGUUUUCCCCAAAUCAAUAAAGACAGACAGAGCAAUG